AGAAGAAGAAGAAGAAGCAGCAGCAGCAGAAGAAGAAGAAGAAGAAGAAGGAGCGAGCAGUGAUGGCGACCGAGUAACCGCCUAACAGUGCGUGGACAUUUACUUCGUUGUUAUUCCGGGUCUUCGCCAGCUGUCUUCGGAGAAAGCUGCUCUUCCAGAAGAGGGUUUUGGGAGUUUAUUACGGCGACAUCGCUGGGUCAACAUGCUUCAGGGCGGUUAUAAGAUAUAACCACUCCGCCCUUGCUGUGAGAUGUCUCUGGUUUUCCCGCGACCCAAUACCAGUGUGAUCGGCAAGAAGGACAAGCGACUCAUGGCCGAGGUGAACGCCUCCCCGCUCAAACACUUCGUCACCGCCAAGAAGAAGAUCAACGGCAUCUUUGAACAGCUGGGCGCCUACAUCAAAGAAAGCUCAGCCUUUCUAGAAGAAACCUACAGCAAUGAGGAACUGGAUCCUGUCACUACAGAGGAGCAGGUGGCGGAGGUGCGAGGAUACCUGUCCAAAGUGGCAGGGAUCGGGGAGGUCCUGUCCCGCAGACACAUGAAGGUGGUCUUCUUUGGCAGGACAAGUAACGGGAAGAGCUCCGUCAUUAACGCCAUGCUCUGGGACAAAGUGCUGCCGUCUGGAAUCGGACACACCACCAACUGCUUCCUACGAGUGGAAGGCACCGAUGGCAAUGAGGCUUUCCUGCUCACCGAGGGAUCGGAUGAAAGAAAGAGUGUUAAAACAGUGAACCAGUUGGCCCAUGCCUUACAUCAGGAUGAGGAUUUGGACGCAGGCAGUCUGGUGUGUGUCAUGUGGCCUAAAGCAAAGUGUGCGCUGCUGCGGGAUGACCUGGUGCUUGUGGACAGCCCUGGCAUUGAUGUCACAACAGAGUUGGACAGCUGGAUUGACAAAUUCUGCCUUGAUGCUGACGUUUUUGUGCUGGUGGCCAAUUCAGAGUCCACUUUAAUGCAAACAGAAAAGUCAUUCUUUCACAAAGUGAACGAGCGCCUCUCCAGCCCUAAUAUCUUCAUCCUGAACAACCGCUGGGAUGCCUCCGCCAACGAGCCCGAGUACAUGGAAGAGGUGAGACGGCAGCACAUGGACCGCUGCACUAGUUUUUUAGUGGAUGAGCUGCGGGUGGUGGAUCGUGCUCAGGCCAGCGACCGGAUCUUCUUCAUCUCUGCUAAAGAGGCUCUUCAGGCGCGCGUCCAGAAAGCCCAAGGAAUGCCUGAAGCAGGUGGUGCUCUGGCUGAAGGUUUUCAAGCGCGAAUGUUUGAGUUUCAGAACUUUGAAAGGCGUUUUGAGGAGUGCAUCUCGCAGUCAGCGGUGAAGACUAAGUUCGAGCAGCACACCAUGAGAGCCAAGCAGAUUUCUGAAGCUCUGCGUCUGAUAAUGGACUCUGUGCACAUUGCAGCUCAAGAGCAGAGGAUUCAUUGUUUAGAGGUGAAAGAGGAGAGGGAGGACAGGCUGGAGUUCAUCGAUAAACAGCUGGAUCUGCUCACUCUGGACUGCAAGAGCAAAAUCAAGAAGAUCACAGAGGAGGUGGAGAAGCAGGUAUCUAACGCCAUGGCAGAGGAGAUCCGGAGACUGGCUGUGCUAGUGGAAGACUUCCACAUUGACUUUCAUCCUUCACAAGUGGUGCUCAAAGUAUAUAAGAACGAGCUACACAAGCACAUAGAGGAUGGACUUGGCAGGAAUAUGUCUGAGAGAUGCUCCUGUGCGAUAACUGCAGCACUGCAAAACACACAGACUGAAAUGAUAGAGGGCCUGAAGCCCCUGCUACCCAUCGGGAUUCGAGAGCAGGUGGAUAAGAUGGUGCCCAGACAGUGCUUCGCCCUCAGCUACGACCUCAACUGUGACAAACUCUGCAGCGACUUUCAGGAAGACAUCGGCUUCCACUUCUCUCUGGGCUGGACCAUGCUGGUCAACCGCUUCCUGGGUCCCAAAAACACACGCCGCGCUCUCAUGGGCUACAAUGACCAGGUUCCCAGGCCUCUGGCCAUCACUCCGGUCAGCACCAGUGUGCCUCCUUUCCCUCAAGGAUCCAUGAUCCAGGAAGAGCUUAUGGUUUCCAUGGUAACAGGAUUGGCAUCACUCACCUCUCGGACAUCAAUGGGCAUUAUAGUCGUAGGAGGAGUGAUCUGGAAGGCAGUGGGCUGGAGGCUCAUCGCUCUGUCUGUGGGUCUCUAUGGGCUACUGUACGUUUAUGAGAGACUCACCUGGACCACAAGGGCCAAAGAGAGAGCAUUUAAAAGACAGUUUGUGGAGUACGCCAGCGAGAAGCUACAGCUCAUCGUCAGCUACACGGGAUCCAACUGCAGCCAUCAGGUUCAGCAGGAGCUGGCUGGCACCUUCUCUCAGCUCUGUCAGCAGGUGGACGUGACCAGACAGCAGCUGGACGAUGAAAUCCGGGAUUUGAACUGCAAGAUCGAACAGUUGGACGGCCUGCAGAGUAAAGCCAAGCUGCUCAGGAAUAAAGCUGGCUGGCUGGACAGUGAACUCAACAUGUUUACCCAGCAGUACCUUCAACAGGGCCGAUAGGGAUAUGUCUGAACACUGCUGCAUUUAGAAUCGAACACCUAGCCAUGCUUUCAACCAUUUAUUUCAGCAUACCAAAUAUUGCUCAUCACAUAUUUCUUUUUUCUAUCAGUAUUGUUGUUUUUUUUGCAUUUGAGAAUUCAGUGACAUGCAACUUUGAAGAGAGCUUUUUUUUGUACACUGUUUCUUUUGUAUUUAAUACAGGGGUUAUUAUUUAUUCUCGAGUAAAGAGGUCGUGUAAACAGCUUGGCCUCUUUGUAGAUUGUGCUAUAUAAGAGAAAUCUGGAUCUGGCAACAUUAAAAAAAGGAAGCGGACAUUUUGAAUGAAAUCAGCAAUAUGUUCUAGUGCCUAAUUUCCCCCCCAUAGCUGCACUGUUUUACUACUAAUCAUAUGAUUAGUAUUGAUAUGGGAAAAAUUAAUAUUAGUUAUUUAUGAAUUGGAUAGGAAAACCAGAUUUAUGCAUAUAAUUACAUUGUACAUUUAUUCCACUACUGUCAUCCACACCUGAAAGCUAAUCUGAGAGAUCAGACUGUAAAUGUACGGGAUGCACUACUAACCUGUUAGUUCCUGCGAGUUAUGUGUAUGCUAACCUGUUUCGUUUGGAUUAUGAUGUGUGCCAAGUGUUGAAGAACGUCAUCAGGAGAAGCUCUCGUGAUGUGCACUUUAUAUUUUGCUGCUGUAAUGCAUUAAUUUCCAGAAGGUUCCUUAGAAAGAGAAAGGUACAGUGACCUGUCAACAGUAAUGUUAUAUAGAUGAGCAUGCAGAGUCAUUCACUAUUACUGCUAGAUGAAAUAAUAAAGUGACACUUGAAAAAGGAAUGAUGGCUUGAUUUGUCUCUGUGAAGGAUAUGCUAAAUGUCAGUUCUUCUUUCUAAAAUGAUGCUUAAAAAGCACGAGUUUCUGUUUCAUCCUUUUAAUAGGCACAUGCACACUUUA